UAAUCGGUAACCCCAUGUCCUUCUGACGAUCUCGUAUUUUCCAUGAGCUUGUCAGUGUGUUUUGGUUUGGCUCAAUAAACAAAAACAGUCUCAGCCUCAGUUCAGUUGCUUUCUUUGUUUACUUUUUGUUUACAUACUUUUCUUGGUCAGUGAACGUCCUUGUAACGAUGUCGUCGCCGUUGGAGAUGACCGAGUUGUACGACAACGCGUUGCUAGGAAUCUUGCAGCAUGUUGGAAACAUACAGAAUUUUCUACAGAUCUAUUUCGGCUUUUUGUACAGAAAGACAGACUUUUAUCGGCUCCUGGUCAGCCCAAAUGAUAAAAUGGGAUUCCCACCUGGAGUAGCAGAAAAAAUGGUCCUUAAGACCUUUAAGUUGUUCGAGAAGCUGGCAGUGCAGGACAGAGAGAGAGUGAUGAAGCUGGCUGAAGAAGCCCGAGCUGUUCCCACUGUAGUGGAGGAAAUCGAAGUUCGAUCACAGCCAGAAGUUGAAGAACCUGCAGAAACCGCACAGGAAUCCAGGUCUGUUGCAUCGUCCACAGAGCCGGUGCCUGCAGGUGCAGGGGCUGCAAACGGCAAUGAGGUGGAGUCUGCAGUGAGAGAACAGCCAACAGUGGUGCCUGCGUCUGCACCAUCUGCACAGUCUGCACCAUCUGCACAGUCUGCACCAUCUGCACAGUCUGCACCAUCUGCACAGUCUGCACCAUCUGCACAGUCUGCACCAUCUGCGUCUGCACAGGGGGCUGCUUCAGAUUCUUCUGCAGCUGAGCCUUGCCAGGCCAGUUUCCAGGCAAGCCCAGAUAGCUACAACGGUGCUGUCAGAGAAAACUACAGCUGGUCACAGGACUACUCUGAUGUGGAAGUUCGUGUUUUUGUCCCACCGAGCAUCGUCAAGGGCAGACAGGUGUCCGUCAGUCUCCAGUCUGGUGGCGUGCGUGUGGCGGUGAAGGAGGGGGCUUCAGAAAACGUUCUGAUGGAAGGCGAGUUCACGCACAAAAUCAACACAGAGAAUUCUCUGUGGAGUCUGGAACCAGGCCACUGUGUACUGCUGUCUCUGAGUAAAUUAGGCGAAGUGUGGUGGACUGCCGUGCUUAAAGGCGAGCAAGAAAUUGACGUAAACCAGAUCAACCGCGAGCGCUCCAUGGCCACUGUGGGUGAGGAUGAGCACGCAGUGUUAGACCGGCUCACCUUUGACUACCAACAGAAACUACAAGGAAGGCCUCAGAGCCAUGAGCUGAAAGUUCACGAGAUGCUAAAGAAGGGCUGGGACGCCGAGGGAUCGCCAUUCAAAGGCCAGCAGUUUGAUCCGUCCAUGUUUGACAUAACACCAAACGCCGUACAGUUUUAAACUGAAGAGACUCUGGAAGAUACUGCGAGAGAUAAGCCAAAAAAAUCAUCCUACGUUCACAUCACCAUAUAUAUACACUGAAGUGUCAAGCACUGACAACUCUGGUGUUUACAGUAUGAUGGACGACAUGACAGCACUGCAGAAUUUGAAUUGCUAAAGCUGUACAAGAUCAGUUUCCCAAAUGUCAUGACGAUUGAUUCAGAUCCUGAGAUAUUACUUUAUUUUUUAUUUCAGCGCUGUUGCAGUAAAUACUGUACAUCAUCUACUCACAUGGCGUAUGGAUUAUACCUUUCUGUAGGUUCUUGGUAAAAUAACUGAAGUAAAUCUAUUAAACCACUUCAGAAGGUUCUAGAAUAAAUGAACAACGUUCUAUUGAAAGAUAUUACAGGGGGUGGGGUAUGUGUCAUCCAUCAGUUCUGAACAUUACCAUACGUUCAGCCUUGUCGAGUAUUUGUCAGAUUUAGGAGUUUAAAGGACGUUCUGAAUUUUUUCCAGUUUUUUUUUUCCAUUCAGUGUUUUGAUUUUAUGUGCCUGAAUUUAAUAAAAUACAUUACAAAAUAA